AAACGAAGCACUAAAGAAAACAUCUUGGUGUAACAUCUCUGCCUUGGUUUGGGAUCCAGGGCAGAGAUCUUUUUAAUCUCUGUCUCUAUUCCGGACUCAAUCCAAAAUGGCGUUUCAAGAUUUUGAUCAAAUUUCAGAGCGGAGAAAGCUUGAGAGACAGCAAAAAAUGAAGAAGAGGAUAAUGAUUGGUGUUGUAUUACUACUCAUCAUUCUCAUCGCUGUUGUUGCUGCUGUUGUCUAUUUUGUUGUGUUUAAAAACAAGAGCGAUGAUCCCUCCUCCGCUAGCAAAUCUAAUAAGAACGCGUCAACACCUCCUCCGAAAGAACCUGCCACCCAUGAAACACCAAAGGCUGAUGCAUCACCACCUCCAUCUGAGGCUGCUGAUACAGCACCACCUUCUGAUGAAGGUGGUGCUGCCGCCCCUCCACCAAAUGAGGAUGGUGCUGCAACAGCACCGGCUGGGGAUGCAGCACCUCCUGCACCAUCACCCCAGGAGGAUGGUAAUGAUGCAGCAGCCCCAGCCCCUUCACCACAAGGUGAAGGAGCUAUGGGAGCAAUAUGCGCAACAACAGAUUUCAGUCAAAGUUGUGGGGACAUUCUAUCAAAAGUUUUACAAGCAAAUGCCUCUGGUGCUCAACCCACAGAUCUUCUCAAGGCAACCGUAUCUGCAGCUAUCGAUGAGAUUGCUACCGGCAUUGUAGAACUAGACAAAAUCAACAAGGAUAUCCCAGAGAAGGCCGUUGCUCAUGACGAUUGUAUGGCCCUCCUUGGUGAUGCUAAAAAAGACUUGAACACUUCCAUUUACUUGCUUGAAGGUGGCAUUAAUGAUGUCGCCACAACAACCGCUGAACUUAAUAACAAGUUAAGUGCAGCCUUGACAUACCAAGGCAUGUGUGUGGAUGGAUACCCUGAAGCAGACCAGUCCACGGUGCAAAGCGCCUUGAAAAAAACCGAGGAACACACCAUCAAUUCUCUCGCUGUUGCCUCCGGAUUGUCAUCAUCAUCCCCUCAACCAAAUAAUAGCGCUAAAAGACGUCUUCUAACAACACGAUUAGGUAUUCCCGCAUGGAUUAAACAAGGUGAUCGAAGAAUGUUGGAUGAAGAAGAAGGCAAAGACAUGAAGGCUUUUAUAAACAUCACUGUUGCAAAAGAUGGUAGUGGUAAUUUUAGUUCCAUAAAUGAAGCUCUAAAGGCGGUACCACAAAGCUUUGAAGGAAGGUUCUUUAUUUAUAUUAAAGAAGGAGUUUAUGAAGAGAAUGUAGUUGUGUCACAAGUCAAUCUUACAUUUCUUGGAGAUGGAUCCCAAAAGAGUAUCAUUAGCGGCAGCAAAAACAUUGUGGACGACCUCACAACAUACCAAACCGCAACAGUUGCUAUUUCAGGAGAUGGAUUUAUUGCAUAUAAGAUAGGAUUCCGUAACACCGCGGGUCCUGAAAAAUUACAAGCAGUGGCUCUACGAGUCCAAGCUGAUCAUGUAAUAUUUAUGAAUUGUCGCAUGGAGGGUCACCAAAGUGUGAUCUAUGCUCAAGCCUAUCGACAAUUCUAUCGUGGAUGUUACAUCACAGGCACAGUUGACAUCAUAUCAGGCAACGCGGCUGCUGUGUUCCAAAACUGUCAAAUUUACCUAAGGAAACCAAUGAAUGACCAAAAGAAUGUCAUUACUGCACAAGGAAGGUUGAACAAGCGCCAAACCACAGGGACCGUCUUGCAAAGUUGUAGCAUUUUCGCAGACGAUACACUUGAACCUGAAAAAUCAAAGUUCAAGAGUUACUUGGGUCGACCAAUGAAGGAAUACUCUAGGACGAUUGUUAUGGAAACGGACAUUACUGAUGUAAUUGAUCCAGAAGGAUGGGAGGCUACGAACGGGGACUACGCAUUGAGCACUCUGUAUUUCGGGGAAUAUACCAACAGAGGAGCUGGAUCUGAAACGGGCUCUAGAGUUAAGUGGGCUGGAUAUCAAGGCUCAAUAAGUAAGGAUAUCGCGUUGAAUUACACUGUUGAAUCCUUCUUACAAGGCCAAACUUGGUUGAAGGAUCUCGAUGUUCAAGUUCGUUUUAGCCUUUCCAGCUAAUCAUCGUCGUCGUCAUCAUCAU